CGUGUUUUGUAGGGGAAGUUAAACGCUGUGCGGACUGGCCGGCAACAAACAACAGAAGAGAGGAAUUCACGUACACGCUGAUGAGAACAUUAUGCUUAAUUUUAUCAGUAUAUGAUUAAUAUGAGCAAAGAAUCACAAAUGAGGGCUGCUAUUAACCAGAAGUUAAUUGAGAUGGGUGAGAGGGAGAGGUUAAAGGAGUUGCUACGAGCCAAGCUCAUUGAGUGUGGCUGGAGAGAUCAGCUUAAAGCACUCUGCAAAGAAGUGAUCAAGGAGAAAGGUAUUGAGAAUGUUACAGUAGAAGACUUGGUCGCUGGAGUCACCCCUAAAGGAAGAACCCUGGUGCCUGACAGUGUAAAGAAGGAGCUACUGCAAAGAAUAAGAGCCUUCCUCGCCCAGCACUCUACAUGAUGCUCAGUAUAUCUGAUUAUGCUCUGAAAGUAUCUGUCAUUUUUUAAUCAGUCUUAUGCCAAUAGCAAUGCCAGAAUGCUAUAAAUUAGUUGAACUGUUUAAUGGUGUGAUUUCACUCUUCAUUGUGUAUUUUUGUUACUGCCAAUAAAGGUUAAUCAAGUUUGUA